GGUGUCCCAAUCUGUCUGAGCACCGAGUGCCCAUCCCACUCUCAAAGGAGCUGCACACACACUCUGGCAAACACACUUACCACACUGGCAGUCAGAGCACACACAGCUCCAUUCACCAGUUAUAAGACAAGAGCCACUUCCAGUUAAAGGACAUAAAGCCCAGAUCCGAGCUCCAGUAUGGAUGCGCUGAAGAAGGGAUUCUCCAUGGCUAAGGAGGGAGUGGUGGCCGCUGCCGAAAAAACCAAGGCAGGGGUGGAGGAGGCAGCUGCCAAAACCAAAGAAGGGGUCAUGUAUGUAGGCGCAAAGACAAAGGAAGGUGUUGUGACAAGUGUAAACACAGUUGCCCACAAAACAACUGAGCAGGCGAAUCUUGUGAGUGAGACUGCCGUGGCUGGAGCCAAUCAGGCGUCAGAAAAGGCGGUGGAGGGGCUGGAAAGUGUGGUCGCAUCCACUGGCCUCGUCAAACCGGGGGAGCUGACGAAGCAAGAGGGAGAUGUAGAGCAGCCUACAGACGCUGGACAGGAGAUGUCACACUGAACGCCCCUGUGAUGCUCUGGUUCUUGACUAAGAAGAGAGAGUUCAUUAGCUGCUGCGGGCCAUGGCUGAAUAUUAUCAUACUAAACCUCUGAUGGAUGCUGAAUAAUAUUCAACUUCA